AUGGUGCCACUGCCAGCUCACGUGAUCACAGGUGACAAUAUUUCUGAAGAAAAGGUGGAGUUUUGGAGGCAGCCGAACGGCGAAGGGUCCCGGCCUUGUUUAGAUUUCAGUCUCAGGUAUAGGAAAGCUUCUGCAACGGUCCCAAAGGAAAGAAGAAAGUUCUUAAUGGUGGUUGUUUCUGGGGGAUUGAAUCAGCAGACGAAUCAAAUCGUCGAUGCAGUCGUGAUUGCAAGAAUCCUCGGAGAGGCUUUAGUUGUGCCUGUUUUGCUGCUCAAUCUGAUUUGGCAAGAUGAGAGCCAAUUUUCCGAACUUUUUGACAUCGAGCAUUUCAAGAAGAUGCUGCAAGCGGAUAUUCACACUGUAUCAGUCAUUCCUCCCACGCACUCGAUGCCAAGACAUUCAGUGGAGAUGCCUCACGAUGUGUCACCGCUUUGGAUUCGAACUAGCCUUCUCGAAAAGCUUCAUAAAAAAGGUGUGCUUCUUCUGAAAGGGUGCUCUAAGCCCUCGAAGAAUCUAUCUGUCGAUCUCUUCAGUGCAAGUUAGAAAUGGAAUAAAGCCUUUGGUAAAUUCUUGUUAAGUCGGUCACUAAUAUGCUGGAGUCUUCAGGUAGCUUUUCAUGCCAUAAGAUUCACGGUGCCUGUCAUGGAUCUCAGGAAUUAACUUGCUAGGAGAAUGUGGAUCGAGGGCCCAUUUAUAGCCCUACAUCUCUUGAUAGAGAAGGAUGUUUGGGUGAGAUCUGGGUGUCUCACAGGCUUAGGCCCAAAAUUUGACCAAAUUAUAGGAGAUGCAAGCGCGUCUCGACCUGAAAAUGCUGUGGUGCAUUUGAACACGAGCCAUGUUCAUCGAAGACAGGCAGGACUUUGUCCCCUUAAUGCGCUUGAAAUGGCAAAACUACUCAAGGCUCUAGGGGUGCAGAACAGCACACGAAUAUAUGUUGCAGAAGGAGAACCGUUUGGAGGUGCUGAUGCUCUAAAGCAGCUUGAGAUGAGAUUUCCGAAUUUAGUUUCAAAAGAAAUGUUGGCGCAGAGCUGAGAACUCACUCCUUUAGUGAAUAAGUCGUAUGCUCUAGCUGCAAUCAACUGUAUUGUCUCACUGAGCUCAAAUAUAUUCAUCCCCUCCCAUGGAGGAAACAUGGGAAGGUUAAUGCGGGGCCAUAGAGCUUAGGUGGGGCACAGGAAGUACAUAAAUCCCAACAAACAAGCCAUGUUUGCUGUAUUCAAUAGUGUAUCCCUUUCAGAUACAGAAUUUGGGCAGAUAGUUCGGGAGAUGCACAAGAACUCCCAAGGCCAACCUGAACCUCGGACCAACAACAAGCAGGAUCGAGACGUAUUAGCAUACCCAGUUCCUGAAUGCAUGUGUAAUACGAGGCAUCACAGGCACUUUUCAAGCAUCUGA